AGUUGUGUGCCUUUUUUUAUUUUUCAACAUGAUGUUGAAUACGCAACAAGAAAGAAUUAUACCCUACCAUUCAUUCUUUGACCUUCAAAGAGCCGCUAUUAUUAGAGACACGCCUGCCAUCCGAUUGAGAAAAGCUUCCAAAGAGGGUAAUAUUGCAGCAGUCAAACGAUUAUUGAAAAAGGUGUCGAAUGUCCAAAACCCAGAUCCAGAAACAGGAUGUACGACCUUAAUGUAUGCGACACAGUAUGGACACGUUGAUUUGGUGGAUUUAUUAUUAGAUUUAGGCCACGAAGAGGAAGUUAUCUCUGUUGAUAACGAAGGAAUAACAGUCCUGAUGAUUGCUGCCAUGUUCAACCAUGAAGAGAUAUUCUUUUUGUACGUAAGUAGAUACCCAGAAUGUAUUCAUGCAAUCAGUAAAAACGGAUGGACCGCAUUGUUAUAUGCAGCUCAAAAUGGAAAUGCCAAUCUUGUCAGCUAUUUAUUGUCUAUUUCUGCCGAUUUCGAUCAUAUAGACAAUGAAGGGAAUUCAGCUUUACACUACGCUUCUGCAUGGGGACAUAUUACCGUGAUGGAUCUAUUAGUUUCUGAAGGGUGUAACGUCGAUCUUGAAAACAAAAGCCAUUCAACAGCAUAUGAUUAUGCUUACAGUGUCGCAGUACAAGAGCAUCUGAAAGAAAUAUCACAAAUUCCAUUCAAUGACGAUUCUACAUUAUCUGUAUCAUCUUCACAGAGACAGCAAAGCUUGAUUAACGCACCUUAUUCCUCUUCUUAUUCAAGUGGUAUACAUCUGGGUCUAAGUUCAAUGAGUAUUUCACGCGGGCAAUCUCAUGCUGGCCAUGAAUCACCUAUACCCCGUGCUUCCACUUCGUCAUCUUCCUUAAUCAUACCCUCUGCUACAACAAACGGGGUUAAUUUUACCGCUUCUUCAAGUCCUAGGGGAUCUCAUUAUCAACAAGUGAGUGGAAGUCCGUCCUCAUUUUCAGAACUUGAAAGAAGAAGAGCUAGUAGUUUUAGUGAUGCUAAACCAAAAGGGUAUAGACCGACAUAAAGAAAUUUAUUAAAUAAGGGGAGUGAAGGGAAAAUGUUACAUUUGUGUAUAUUAUAAGGAAAGGGAUGGCGGGGCCCUUAGUUACUUUUUUUUUCAAUUCUUACGGUUUCUAAAUAAGGCCCGUAUACGAUUGAUUUCUUGGAGUGUAAUAUCAUGAGUGAUACUUUGAGGAGAAAAAACAGACUAUGAAUAUUAGUUAUAGUUAGUAACAAGAAUGAUAAUGAUUUCUUUUUCUUUUUACCUUUAUGAAUUCAUGGCAAUCUAUUAAUCUUUUUGGUGACUUUUGUAAAAGUUGAAUGAUAUCCACCGAAUCCGCCACAUUGCAAAUGGAGCGCUCGUUAAGCUUCAUAAUGGUCAGUGCCACUUGAUAUAAAACUUUAAAUCCUUCCCCACUAAAAAAAAAGAAUUAGUUCAUACAACCUCCCUAAUAAAUAAUCUAAUAAUAAAAACUUAC